UCUCUCUCCAGACCCCAUAAUGAAAUAAUCUAUGGACAACGAGAAAGUAGGUUAGAGCAAUGUGGCCCUGCACAGUCUGAUUAAAUGGAGCCGGCCUUGCCAUACUGGUUAGGCUUAAUCAGACCUCCCUCACUUCUACGCCGGUGCCUCAACAGAUAACCAACUUGAAGCACAUCGACUAGAAAAAUACCGUCGCUAUGGGAUCGAUUGCUGUUCCGCAGGAAUAUACCGCGCCUCUGCCUACCAAAGUGAAUAGUCACACCAAUGGUUUUCACACCAAUGGCACUUCUGCCGCGUAUCAGAUCAUUGAAGAACCUAGCCAGUCAGGAAGAAAAAUAAAGGUCAUCGUUAUCGGCGCUGGUGCGAGCGCACUCAACUUUGCACAUGAUGUCGACACGAGUCCUCUCGAUCUAGAUCUAGUUUGCUAUGAAAAGAACCCAGAAGUCGGAGGCACCUGGUACGAAAACCGGUAUCCAGGAUGUGGCUGCGACAUUCCCUCUGUGAACUACCAAUUUUCAUGGGCCCCCUCCCCUGAAUGGACUUCAUUCUACUCGAGCGCACCGGAAAUUCUGAGAUAUUUCAAGGAGAUUGCCGAUAAGUACGGCCUUCGUAAGUACAUUCGCCUCAAUCAUAAAGUGGUUGGCGCAGAAUGGAACGAGCACGACCAGCAGUGGCACGUCAAGGUGCAAAAGGGAAAUAACCCAGACGAUGUGAUUGAGGCCGAGGCCGACAUUUUGAUCAACGCUAGUGGUGUGUUAAACAAGUGGAAGUGGCCUGCGAUCCCAGACCGAGAAAUCUUUCAAGGUCCUAUGCUACACAGUGCUAAUUGGGAUGACACUGUGGAGCUCGCCGGAAAACGUGUGGCCGUUAUUGGUUCUGGUUCUUCUGCUGUGCAGAUAGUGCCGAGUAUCCUACCAACUGUCUCUUCUUUAACAUGUUUCAUCCGAAGUACGUCAUGGGUGACUGCUGGAUUUGGCCAGCGAUUUGCAGGAAAAGGCGGAUCAAACUUUAAAUACAACGAAAAACAUAAGGACGUGUUCUUGAAUGACCCCAAGAAAUACCUUGCAUACCGAAAGAAGAUCGAAUCGGAACUCAACUCUCGGUUCCGCUUUAUCCUGAAUGGAUCGAAAGAGCAGACUGAAGCAAGAGCAUUUUCUGAGAACGAUAUGCGAUCGAGACUCGCGGCGAAGCCAGAGAUCGCUGAUUUGAUCGUGCCCAAAAAUUUCGCCGUCGGCUGCCGUCGACCAACCCCUGGUAACGGAUACCUCGAGGCACUUUGCAAAGACAAUGUGACCAUAGAGUCCCACGGCAUUGAGAGAUUUACGCCGAAGGGUAUCAAAACCACAGAUGGCGUCGAGCAUGAAUUUGAUGUGAUUGUUUGCGCGACUGGUUUCGACGUCAGCUGGAAGCCGCACUAUCCCACAAUUGGUCGUGAAUCACGCAGUCUGAGUGAUGAAUGGAAAGAUAUUCCUAGCACAUACCUCUCGAUCACUGUGCCUCAUUUCCCCAACUACCUCAUCUUCAACGGGCCAUUCGGGCCCUAUGGUCAUGGAAGUUUCCUUCCCAUCACAGAAAUUCUAUCAAAACACUUUCUGCAGCUAUUCGAGAAGAUGUCUUACGAAGGUGUCACUUCCUUCGAGCCUAAGGAAGAGGCUGUUGCUGACUUUGUCGAGCACCGCCGCAAAUUCAUUCCGCGUACGGCGUGGUCUUCGCCCUGCCGCUCAUGGUUUAAGCAGGGUACGAUUGACGGUGAAGUGAUGAUGUGGCCUGGAUCACGUAUACACUUCUUCGAAACAAUGAAAACUCCUCGCUGGGAAGACUACAAUCUCAAAUACACGUCAUCCAACCGAUUUGGAUAUCUGGGCAACGGGUUCGCAGCACGUGAGUUCGAUGGACGAGAUCUCAGUUGGUAUUUAGGUCUACUGGAUGAAAAGGACGCCCAACAUGCGUACCCAGACGAGGACUUUAAAGACUUCAUGAACCAGUAAUUCUGAC